UUAUAAUUUCCUUUGCAAAGACGAAUUACAUUAUUAUUACAAUUAUUAUUAUUUUUAUCAUCAUCAUCAUCAUCAUCAUCAUCAUCACUUUGUUUCGUAGUGCUUCAAAAAUUACGCCCUAGGAAAAAGCGAAAUAUAAUCAGAGAACCAUUAUUAUAUACCGAAAACGAAACUUAGAAAGAAAUAUUCCGCUGAAACAUUGUUUACGGGAACGUUGUUUACGACUCCGUGUUUACAGUGACGGUGAGAAAAAGAUGUUAUUUAGUGUGAAUGAAAUGAUAAAUGAUUCUGAAGAUAUAACGAGAAAUAAUCAGAAAUAAACGAAAGAACAAACAUACCUUGAAGAUGAUGGUAAGUGUUGAUAGAAGGUAAUUAAGUAGAGAGAGAAGAAGAAGAAGAAGAAGAAGAAGAAGAAGAAAGAGAAAUUUCCGAGGAAGAAAGAAGAGCAAGAGAAUUUAAGGUUUGAAUCCUAAUCUGGUUGAUACUUAAAAAAAAAAGGGUAUGAGGAAGACGUCAUAUUGAAAGUGAUCUGGAGGACAUCUCUACGCAGAUCUUGAGGAUAUUCAAGGACUCCUAAGAUAUCAUGCCAACUUCAAGACCAGUUACGGAAACCCUGGAGUCUUCGUGAAGCCUUGAUGCAGAAAUUCUCAAUAAUAAUUUACCCUUCUGGAAGAUGCCGUUGGGGUCUUCCGGUGCAGCUGAGAAGGAGAAACGUUACAGACGAGCUGAUAGAAAGAAACAUUUACAAAACAGCUGAGCGUAAAGGUCAUUUACAGACCAGCUGAGUGAAAGCAACAUUUACGGACCAGCUGAGUGAAGGCAACAUUUACGGACCAGCUGAGUGAAGGCAACAUUUACAGACCAGCUGAGUGAAAGCAACAUUUACGGACCAGCUGAGUGAAGGCAACAUUUACGGACCAGCUGAGUGAAGGCAACAUUUAUAGACCAGCAGAGUGAAAGCAACAUUUACGGACCAGCUGAGUGAAGGCAACAUUUACGGACCAGCUGAGUGAAGGCAACAUUUACAGACCAGCUGAGUGAAAGUAACAUUUACAGAAAAGCUGAAUGUAAGAAAUAUUUGCAAAACGGCUGAGAGUGUAAGAAACAUUUACUAAACAGCUGUAUUUUUGACCAUUUGUUUGCGUUUACGAAUAUAAGCCAACUGAAGUCUAAUGGAAAAUUUAAAUAGCAUUGAAGUUAAGAAAAAUACUGUAUGUAUAAUAUACAACUGAUGAGUUACUAUGUUAAAACCAAAACAAAAUAUUACCUUUCAAAAUGUUAUACAUUUUUUUUGAGAAAAAAAUAUUAGUGAUAUUGUAGUUAUGUUGAUAAGAUUUGGGGAAUAUUUAAUUAAUAAGAGCUUGACAUCGAGAAUUUAAUUAAAAAAAAUUAAGUUCAUUACCUAAAAUCAGGAAGAUUUUUUAUUUUUGGGGGGGAGGGGAGAAAUAAUUUUAAGUGUUAAAUCUUAGUAAAAAGUCUUGGAAAGUUGUGUAGGAGCAAAAAUCACGACAAUAUUGAAAAGAAAAUAGGGAAGAAAAUGUGGAACACCGGAGAAGAGAAAAGAAUUGAAGCUGACGAACCAAGAUACAUUAUUGACAAUCCUGUUUUGAUCCCUGGGACAGUGUGAUUUAAAAAAAAAUAUAUAUAUUUAUAUAUAUAGAGUUUGGGAAAUAUUUUCGGAAUAUCUAGAGUCGUACCCCAAUGGAACUAUGGCUUACAUCGAGGAAGAUCUGGCCAAUUGAUCUUCAUCGUUUUCCCCUCGGAUCCUGUUCAGUCUUCAUUGACAGGGGUAAUCCGCUCAUCUACGUUUCCUAAUCCUGGUGUAGUGGUGAUUGUUCCCUGAUAAGAACAACUUGGUUAAAUUGUUCCCGUAGCCGCGAUCAUCAGAGCUUUGUGCGUAUUAUCGUCGUCUGAAGUUUCCAAUCUGUUUUGUGUUAAAUUAUUAGUAAGGUAAACGCGAUCUUGCGUGUGAAAUAACUAACUUGUGACUUAAAAAUGAGUACAGUACCGUUUAAUAGUUUGUAAACAUUAGGGAGGAAAGAAGGUCCUCAAAGCUUGCUUAAUCGUGAAGCAUCAGAAUGGUAUUUAAUUUUCUUGGUUUUGUAGCGCAAGUACUGCAAUGCAUGCCAGAUGGAGACAAGAACUACUCGCCUGUAAUCUCGUCAGGAAAACCAGUGAGUAGGUUAGUCAUCCCAUCUACCGCCAUCCAAUAACUACGGUGUCUAUGCGUCUUAUGUAUACCACCACCACCACCCAAACACGACGCAGAGUAAUUUUUCCGCGCACUGCCACCAUCCAUCAACCGCAACCAUCAAUAGCAGUAUGACACUCAUUUACGACGACCACCCUUACGCGCAGCUCCUGCAGAACCUCUCCCUCAGCUAUCCGGACAUCGACUGGAGUUACAUCAACCUAACCAACCUCACCUUCCUUCUGGACUCGAGCGAGGGCAGCAACGACUUCGACUCCAACACCACGGCUGGUACGGUCCUCUACGAGGUACCAACGGGAAUCGUCGUCCUUCUCUCCAUCUUCUACGGGUCCAUCUCCCUGGUAGCUGUGGUGGGCAACGCGCUGGUGAUGUGGAUCGUCGCUACUUCCCGUAAGAUGCACUCUGUCACCAAUUACUUCAUCGCCAACUUGGCUCUAGCAGACAUCAUCAUCGGACUCUUCGCUAUUCCAUUUCAGUUCCAGGCGGCUCUUCUCCAGCGCUGGAACUUGCCGGAGUUCAUGUGCGCCUUCUGCCCCUUCUUCCAGACCGUCAGCGUCAACGUCUCUAUCUUCACCCUCACAGCCAUCGCCGUCGACAGAUACAGAGCCAUCGUCUUCCCUCUUAACGCCAGACCCACCAAAUUCAGGAGUAAGGUGGUGAUCGCCUCCAUCUGGUUGUUCAGCGCAACGUUGGCCAUCCCUAACGCCAUAGCUCUGAGGGUCCGGUACAUCGAAGACACUCGCACCAGAGAACAGAAGCCCGUCUGUGUUGCGGAAGGUAUCGACCCAGCGGUAAUGUGGACGUAUUCUCACGUGAUGGUAGGACUCCAAUUCUUCGUGCCGCUGGGGAUCAUAUCCUUCGCUUACAUCAGGAUGGGCUGGGAACUGUGGGGAUCCAGAACUCCCGGCAACGCUGAGGACGCAAGGGAUGCUCACGUCCUCAGAAACAAGAAAAAGGUUAUCAAGAUGCUGUUUAUUGUGGUGGCCCUUUUCGCUUUCUGCUGGGCUCCUCUUCAGACGUACCACGUCCUGCAGGAGAUCUACCCAGCCAUCAACACUUACCGUUACAUCAACAUUAUAUGGUUCUGCUGUCACUGGCUGGCAAUGAGCAACAGCUGCUGCAACCCGUUCAUUUACGCUAUAUAUAACGAAAAAUUCAAGCGAGAAUUCAGACAGAAGUUUCAGUGGGUGUUUAAGAACGACACUAGAGGCGACACAAGUGAUUUUGAGCGGUCCAGGUACCAAAUGUCCUUCAGGGAGGAGGAGGCGCGGACGUGGGUGAGGUGCUUCAACGCUCUUAGGCUCCUCUUCAGGUAUCCUGUAGACCGCCAGGUGUCUACGGCCUCAGACCAGCGGAUCUCCCGAACUGAUGCUACCUUACUGAAUGGAUCCUCGCGUUCCUCCUCUAACAAGUCGAUGCUUGCUGCCGGGGGACGCAGCGCCCUAGCUGCGACAGGACGCACUAUAAACGGGGAGUCCCAUGGGGAUGUCCUUCCCGGAGGCCACCAUCAGGAGGUCCACGUCUGUGUUCCCCUCAAGUCCCAUGCUCACCUCCAUCCUUCCCUGUGUCGUCCCAGAGUGGCCGGGGACUCCAGGAUAUAAGAGACACAGAGGGUCACUAAGGAUAAAUUAGACUCAGAGAGGACAGUCAGUUAUAUAGUAGAUGUAGAGAGAGAGAGAGAGAGAGAGAGAGAGAGAGAGAGAGACUCGAGAAUAUAGAACACACACACACACACAGACUAGAGGAUACAGAACACACACACACACACACACUAGAGGAUACAGAACACACACACACACACACACACACACACACACACA